AUGUCUCUAUCAAGUACAGAGUUUUCCAACUUUUUGAAACACAUCCAAUCCGAGUAUGGAUCAUCGGUGGCCACCACUCUCUCCGAUCAUGUCUUUCAAAAAGUAGAAAAUGCAAACGGUCAUUGGAAUAGUUUAAACGAUCGUUAUUCUGCCAGCUGUCAAAUAGGAGAUUCUCUUCUCUUUGAUUAUUCCCAUUACGAUCGAGGAAAGGUAGACAGCGGUGAAGAUGCUAUUUUCAUUGACCUUUCCAUGAGAAGAAAGAAUUCCAAUGAAAAUGAAUGGGGAGGAAGAGUGAGAAUUCUCUCCUAUCAUCAACCAUUCGUCGGAAAUAAAACUCCAACACUAAGACUUGGAAAAUUAAGUGUCCUAAAGCAACAACAUUUGGGAAUGAAUAAUAAGGAUGGAGAAGUGAGUGAUUGGUUACUAGUGAGAAGUUUGUUGGAAGUGAUGGGACCUGUCGAUGGAGAUGUCGAACGAUUACGGAAAAUGUUUGAAAAUCAUUUGGGACAAGUGAUUGUGGAGCAAGAUGGAUCGGAUGAUUAA